AUGGAGCCAGCGGUUGUCGGGGCAUCGUCUGGUAGCGAGGCCGACGCCCGAAUGAAGAGAACCCUGGACGAUUUAGUGAGCAAGAUGUCAACUAUGGAGUUGAGCCGCCCGGAGGUGUUGCGGUGCACCUAUGCCUUCCAGGCGAUUCGAGCACUGGCCGUGGCUGAAAAGAUUCAGAGCUUUGAUGCAGGGGCCCUGUACGCCUGGAGCCGGCAGACGACAAGCAUCUCUGAAUUCUGGACACACUCCUGGCAUGGCAGCAAGCGGGCAAAGAUCUGCUUGUUGCUAGUUGCCAACAACGGCUUGGUAGCUAUUUGCCUUGGCAGUUGUGCGGCAGUAUUGUUGUCUCUGGUCCUGUGGGCAGUACGAGGGCCUUCAGGCGCCACAGAAGAGACGAUGCCUACACUGCAGGGGCAGUAUCAUGCCAUCAUUUCAUCGACCAGAAUGGAGGGACUUGCAAGCAGCUUACUUGGAUUACUUGUCACAAGCGCGUGCUUGCUUCUUUGGAGGCGGAGCACACCCGUCUUCCUCGACCGCGUGUGUGUUCACCAGACAGAUACGCAGUUAAAGUUGGCAGGUCUUGUCAGCAUGGGCGCGAUUCUACAGAAGUCCAAUGUGCUGACGGUCUGUUGGGACGUGACAUAUUCCACACGACUCUGGUGCUUGUUUGAGCUUGCCGCGUUUCUGAAGAGUCACGGGAGGCAAGCCAAGGUGGUGGUGCGACCUGCGGUUCUGGGCCCCGUGACGAUCGGAAUAUUUGCUGGCUUUGAGUUCGCAGUCGUCGCCCUGCUUCUGCUACCCAGAGCGGGAGAUCAGGCAGGGACCAUACUGGCCAGAAUUGCCUUGAUCCUGGUGGCGUCUGUUGCUGCCUUUUGGUGUCCGCUGUCGGCGCUCCGCAGCUUCUACCGCUCAAUCGAUACAAUGGAAGCGCAGCUGCGUCAGUUUCGACUGGACAACGCCACUUGCCAUUGCUGCACUAUUGGCCAUGUAAAACCAGAUGGCCGGGUGACGUUGUGUGAUCGUCAGGUCAUUGAGCGAUGCCUCUUGCACUGGUUCGGUUCCGUGGAGAGCUUUGAGGAAUGCGUGCAGACGACCGUGUCAAAGGCGCUCGCACGGCAGCUUGGCCAAUUUUCGUUUCCCAUCUCAUGGAUGUUCGGCUGCUCCUGCCCGCUGCUGUGGACCUUUGCGACCUCAGCCAUCCGGCAGCCUUUUGUCGGGACGUUCUUCAUCCUGGCCUGGAGCUGUGCAAUUCCUGCGAUCUUUAUGAUUGGCGCUUCGGCCGCCUAUAAGCUGCGCGGACAGUUUUCAAGCAGAUGGCUAGACGGGGCUGCAACCCUAGCAUGCGUGCUGGCGUGCGCACUCAGCUACAUGUGCAUGGAGACGCUCGCAGCCUUACUCUCCAAUACACACCUGACAUAUUGGCAGAGUGUUGCGGCAUUUGCCUUGCUGAUGGCUCUUAUCACGCUAUGUAUUUGGUGCUGCUGGUCAAAGGCCGCUUGCCGGAGGAAGCAUUUGCAGAAACAGCUGGGAAACAAUGCCAUGUCUGUAUAG